UUGGUCAUGUUUUUAGUAAACUUGACUUCCAUCCCACUUUUGAUAAGAAAAUUAGUGUAAAAUGCAUAAACAAUAAGUUGUGUUGUUAGAUGUAUGUUUGAUAAAUUAAUUAGAGGUUAAAAUAGUUUUAUUAGAUUGUACUGCUUAGUAUAUUAAGAGUGCAGUUAACAACGAAUGUUUGCAGUAACAAGCGUGUUAGCGAUGAACAAAAUUAAGUUUUGCACAAUAUUUUAUAUUUAAUAGCUGUGUGAUUUAGCCUGAAGAUGGAUUGCGAAGGGAUUUUAAAGGCUGGAUCGGAGUCUCAGGACUCCGAUGAGCCGGUGCCGCCAGGAAUCACCAAGGCCGACUUCAACAAGCCUGGUGUUGGAACACCAACAACCUCAACUCCGAAACCUGUUGCAAGUACUAUUGGUUUCAAGCUAGUCCCGUCACAGAAAGGUGUAGAGAAUGCCAAGAAGAGAUUGAGAGCAUUCUCCAUUCAGAAGAAGAGUCCGAUAGCCCCUGUUCCUGUACCUAAAGCUAUUAGUGGAGGAAGUACAACAGUGUUCAUUGGUAAACUAAAUCAUGUGAAGACUACUCCAAAGGUAGAAAAAUCUGAUGAUGCAGAACAGAAGAAGCCCCCAAAGCCUCCAAAACCUGGACAGGCAAGGAAAGUUAUGCAAGAUUCAUACACGGAACUCCAAAAGCGGACAUUACAUGAAAUUGAAGAUAUGAAGCGUAAAAUGGAACUUGUUGACCUUGGUAUACCUCUGGGUUUGAUCUGUCCGAGCGCUACCAAUGACAAGGCCAUGCCUACCAAAGCUAUGCCGCCUAUUAAGACAUUUUUAGACCCAUCUAAAUUAGAUGAAAUCAUCAGAGAAGCUAAAAAAGCCAAAGCUGAAGGUAGAGAAUUCAAAUUCGAUUACCAAAAGAUAUUACCAGAUUACGACAACCCUUUCCAACGCAAGAAAGACGAAAUGGAAAAAGUUAGAAAGAUAAGUGAAGAUAGAGAUAGAGAUAUAAGGAAAAAGUUAGAUAAAGAAAGAGACAAAGGUCGGAGAAGGAGUGAUAAGUAUGAUAAAGAUUCUAGAAGACAUUCAAGUCACAGGAAAGAUGACAGAGACAAAAGAAGAGAUGACAAAGAUAAACAUAGAGAUAGAGAUAGAGAUAAAUCAAGAGAAAGAACAGAAGAAAGGAAAGAUGAUAAAAAAGAUGAAAGGAAAGAAGAUAGAAAAGAUGAGAAAAAGGAUAAGGAACAGACACCAGUGUCUAAGAAGAAAUCUGAGAAACCUAAUGAGAAAGAUCCAAAAGAAACCGAUGUUAAUUUGAGCGAGUACCUUGUAUGUGAUAGUUGGUCACUAGAUAAUGAAGACAGGUCAAAUUUAAGCCCAAAACCAGAUGACAAACUCAAAAACAUACCAAUACCAAAAGAAGUAAAACCUAAAGAAACAACGGAAGCUAUAAAAGACACAACAGAUAGCCCUAAAACGGUUCCAGCAAAGAAAAUCGAGAAACUACAACCAGUAAUCGAUUCAUUUAAAUUCGAAAUCGAUCCAAACGAUGACGAAUUACUAGAUAUGUUUGACGAGAGUUGUGACAUAGAAAAGUUUGCAACAAAGACACGUAAAAAGGAUGAUAUGUUUGACUCUCCAAUUGACAUGAAAAUAUUUGAUUUUGACCAGAGUAAAGGAUCCGAUGCCUUAACGGAUGACACAUUUUUAGAAUCAGUCAUAAACGAGAUAAAACAAGAAGAUAUGAGUGACGAAGAUAGUCAGGAUAAAGGUUUAGUGGAGUAUGAUUCUCCUUCGAAAGAGAGUCAGAGCUCUCGAGCAGACAGGAUCUCUAUAACUCCUGAGUUAGAUGAGAGAAUGUUUGUCAAUCUUCAGUCGAGCAGGAGUGAUUAUUCAGACGGAUAUAGAUCAACGGAAAGUGGUUAUAAAUCGACGGAGAGUGGCUACAAGUCCAAUGCUAGUAGCAAAGGCGACAGCUACCGAGGGUCCGUUGAGAAGGAAUUAGUGGGAAACUUCAACAGGUUCACAGUUGAUUCCCUGGAGACUUGGAGUUUUGUGCUGAAGAUCUGUCAGCCGUUGUUGUUCAGACACGACAAUACUAAGUGUUUUAGAUACACACGCACUAUGCCCAAAGUCUGGUAUUCGGAGAAGACUAAAAUCUGUCCGUGUGUGAAGGAUCGAGGGAUUGUGUACAACGAACUGGAAAUGUGCAAGAUGAAUCUUGUCGACCGAGUGUAUGGAUGUGAUCAAAUACCAGAAGCGGAGCUUCCCAAAGCGCGGACCUGGUAUCCACGUUUCGCGAACUGCCUUUCGGAAACCAGCACCCUCACUCCUAUAGUCCCAGCGAGCGAUUGGGAGGCAGAUGACAGUCAGAAUGAAACUGCUCUUGUUAAGGACAAGAGGAGGUCGAACACUCCUCAGAGGAGUGAGGAAGUUUACUUGGACAGAGAGUAUCAGAGGUAUGUCAGCAGUAGAUUCAUGGAAGCCGUUUGGCCUGAUGUAGCAGAGUCCAAAGCUGGUACACCCAGAAGUACCACGCCAGUCAGACAGGAGAGGAAGAAAAAAGCAGAAGAUAAAGAAGGAGAUGCAGAAGACAAGAAGAAAGCUAAGAAGAUGAAGUUGAGCAGUGAAGGAUGGAGUCAGGAGUCUGAUAUUGAAGAGGAAAUGGAAAAGAGCAAAAAGAUCAAUGAAAAGAAAAUAAGAAAGAGAAAGCAUUCAUCUUCAUUAUCGGAUAGCGAUGAGGGUUCCAAGAAGAAAAAGAAAUCCUCGAAAAGGAAACAAAAGGACAGCUCAAAAGCCAAACUUAAAUUAGCCAAACGCCGUCGGUUAAGCAAGAAAUAUUUAAAGAAGUUGAAAGAGAAACAAAAAAGAAAGAAGAAGAACGAGUCAGAAGAUGAAGAUGAGGAAAAAGAAAACAAAAAGAAAGAAAAGAAACUGCGAAAGAAAAAGCUACAAAAGAAAAAGAAAGCUCAAAAAAAGAAGAAAAAAGCGAAAGCAAAAUCUUCGAGCAGUUCAUCAUCAUCCUCUACGACAUCCAGUAGCUCAUCGGACACCGACUCCGAAGCGGAAAAGAAGAAAAAGAAAAAGAAGAACGCAGAAAUGAAAAAGAAGAAACGGAAAAAGUCUUCUUCGGAGUCCACACAGAGCGAAGAAUUAUUUGAUGUCAAUAUACUCAAUAAUAUCAAAACGGAAAGACUGACGGAUGAUGAGAAAAAACAAUCUCUAGUCUUUUCCCCGAGAAGACAGAAACCUAGAGAAAUAAUCAACGUGAAAGAACUACAAAAUGAUUUUGUAGGUAAUAAUAUACAUAUUAAAAAAGAAGUAGAUGAAACGAGUAGACAGGAGGCAGUCAAAAUGGCGGACAUGGAAUUGGAGGAGAAAGAGUUUGCGACGGAGUCUGAGCCGGUUGUCGAACCCGUUGUACCCGAGGUCACUGAAGUACAUGAAAUUAAAGAAGAGAUCUCUUUCCAGGAGAUCCCGUUGCCCGCGCCAAAACAGACAGAGAAAAAAGACACAAAACAGAUUGCUGACAAACACACCGACACGACAAUAUCUACACAUGAAGAGGUAAUCGAACCUAGCACCCCGACAGAUUUGUACGAUCCUACUAAACCUGACACUUCAACAUCGCCUACAGAUAAAGAGUCUCAAGAAAGUCAGGAAGCCGUCGUGCAACCACAACCUGAACCACCAAUUCUAGAAGAGUCGAAUCUAUCCCAAUCUUCCCAAGAAUCCACGACCAGUAAAGAUGUUCCAUAUGAAAAAGACGAUAGCCACUUGCGACCCUCGUCACAGAACUCCAAUUACAGUUUCAAUGACGUCAUCAAUGCCAGUCAACAAUACCAAAAGGAUGAAGAGGAUAAAUUCCAGGAGUAUGAACAGGGGAACUAUGAAAUGUAUGAACAGCUCGCCAUGGCGUACCAAAGCGAUGUCGCCAAGCAGUCUGCCCCCUCAACGGAGACCGACCCAUUCUUCGCAUCGCAACGCAUAGAGACAGUGGUACGGGCGCGAUCUCGAGGUGAAAUCAAGUGCGACUGGCGCGCAGGAGACGAGCCUAGUACCCCAGUACCGACCAACAACCAACGACCUUCUAGAUGGGGUCUAAAACCAGGCCAGGUGAACAUAGUGUUGACUGGUGGGGACGACUACACGCCACGGAACGAGGAGCCGGUCUACCAAAUCCAAACUAUUGCUAAUAGAAGCGAGAAUAACAGCUCAGGGAGCUACGAUGAAGCAUACGAAGACAUGUACGGUGCGUCCGACCGGCUGCAGUACGGCGAUUGUUUCAACACGGAUGUCGAACCUCAACCUGCGGAAGAGAGCAAGGAACCGAAACACAAGAGCAGUCUGGAUGAUAGGAUAGAUCAAGCUUUAAGAACUACAGUUCUCGGCGAAGUAGCUAAGGAUGCUGAUGAAACGGAUGGAGAUAAGGACGGCCCGGAGAAAGGAAUCUUAGUCACAAAAGCGGUACCGGAGAGUCGUGGGGCUAAACGUGUGAGCUUCGCGGACGGGUACAAGCCUGGUCAGGACUCGGAUGUCGAAGAACCCCCUGUUAAGAAGAAGAAAAAGUCACGUCGCUACGGCUGCGCUUGGCCCUGCCCGGCGACCCACAACGAUCAUGUGCCGCUAUGGGACGCUCUGCCGCCACCACCGCCGCCUCCUGGAUCCCCGCCACCUAACAUUCGACUAGCUAUGCAAAUGAUGGCUCAAGCACCCAUGUUGCAGCAACAGAAUAUGAUGCAUCAAGCGACAAACAUGAUGCAACAACCACCUAAUAUGUUGCAACAACCUCCAAACAUGUUGCAACAACCGCCUGGUAUGUUGCAACAACCACCAAACAUGAUGCAACAACCUCCAAAUAUGAUGCAACAGCCCCCGAACAUGUUGCCGCAACCUCCCCUGUUGCAACAACCGCCACAAAUGUUACAACAACCCCCCCAGCUACUGCAGCAACCUCCACAGAUGUUACAGCAACCUGGCGUCAAGCCCAUGAUGUCAACACCAUUCCCUCUGCCUUCGAAAUUAGAUCCCAACGUGUCGUUACCAAACUUUCUCCCGCCGGAACCACCGCCCGGCCUCCUAACCUUCCCAAUCACCUCCAUUAAGACAAAUAUCAAUUAACUAAUUACAUUAAUAUAAUAAAUAUCAAGUGAUAUAAAAUGUUAACUAUUAAGUUUUAUUGUUCAUUGUAAAUAUAAGCAAAGAAUGAC